AUGAAUUGUGUCUUUAUUCAAGGUGCUAAACGAGGUCCCAAAGGCAAAGUUCAUAAACAUCUUCGACCAAAAGUAGUCAGAAUUACUAACAAUUAUAAAAAAAUUGAAGGUGUUUCUUCUCAACACACCCAGCCAAAUGCGCAACAAAAUGUGCAUCAAAAUUUGCAUCAAAAUUCUCCUGAUAUCAAUCACUAUACUUUAGGGUUGGAUAAUGUCAACCACCACAUUCCUCAACCAAAUUUAAUUAAUAAUCAACGUAUUUGGGUUGAUCAUUAUGAAAUGUUUUGCCAACAAAUUCUGGAAGGAGAUAAUCUUAAUUAUUGCCGCAAACAAGAUAACUUACUCAUGCAAGACGCCUGUUAUUCAUUUGAAUCACCAACAUCCGAUGCUUUUCAACUUGGGUUAAUUGGCCAAUAG